ACCGUGAAGACGAUAUCACAUAACCAAGCGGUUACACUUGGACCUCCGCUGAGCUGAUGUUUGUCAAUCCCGCCUCAAAUCCCACCACCCCGUCAGAAAAUUCCCCCGAAUCUCGUGAGACGAUCACAAUGAGUUCAACAGAAGCCACACUGCUCGAAGAGCUAUGCAAACUUGACUGUCACUUCACCUGGGAGCUGAAAAAAGAAGACGUAGAUCUCACAGAUCUUUUAAACAGGCUGGAACAGCAUGCUGACUUUAACCUUGGGGGAAAAGCGGGACUUGCGCAGACAUACAACUCUUUGGGAUUUGUGAAGUACCUUCUAGGGUCUCCUCAAGAUGCACUUGCCUUCCUGCAGAAGUGCAUAGAGCUCACUCAAGAGUACCGGGAGAAUGACUGUGACAAGUGGCUCAUAGUGGCCUAUGGGAAUCUGGCCUGGCUACAAUACCACAUGAAAUGCUUUAGUGAAUGUGAGCGUUACCUGGAGAAGAUCAGAAGCAUUACACAGAAAGUCCCUGAUUCUACUUUGGGUCUUCAUCAUGAAGUGCUUGGAGAAAAGGCCUGGGCCUUGUUUAAGUUCUCCCGCAAGUACUACAGCCAAGCUAAAGAGUGCUUUGAGAAGGCUUUGGAGCUAGAGCCCAUGAAUGCUCAGUGGAAUUGUGGUUAUGCCUUUGUACUCCACAGAACAGAAGCACAGUGCUCCAGUGGAACCGACUCACCAGCAAUUAAACAACUGCGGCAGGCAAUAAACACAAAUCCGGAUAACGAUGAGCUUAAAACUAUCCUAGCACUAAGGCUUGGUCAAUCCCUGGAGAUUGAUGAAGGGGAGAGAUUGGUGGAAGAAGCUCUGGAGGGCUCCCCAAAUGCUCCUAAUGUCAUUCGAUACGUGGGUAAAUUCUUGAGGACCUAUGGCUCUGUGGAGAGGUCCAUCGCCCUGCUAAAAAGAGCUCUCGAGAAGUCACCCACAUCAGCUUUCAUACACCAUCAGCUAGCUCUCUGCUACAAGGCGAAAAUAAUUUCUUUGCGACAUGAAGGAAGUCAAAACUCUGCAAGUGCUGCUGUUGAGAUUCAGAGGCUUCGCAACCAGUGCAUUUAUCAUUUAGACAAGGCCACCGAACUGAAGACUGGCUUUAUUAUAGCUAUGACUGAGCUGGCAGUUCAGUACAGUGAGGAUGGGAAACUUGAUCGUGCAGAAGAGCUGUUUCAGCACACUCUGCAGAUAGCUAAAGAGAAAAACGAGAGCCUACAAACAGUGUAUUGCCUUUAUGGGGAGUUUCAGCAGUACAGAAGGAGAUGCCCAACUGAAGCUAUCAUUAAUUAUAUGAAAUGCCUGAAGAUAGACGAAGACACAAAAGAUGGGAAGAAAAGUGCGAAACAGCUAAAGAAGAUAAUGGGUAAACCUUCAUCUAAAAGCCCUGGGGGUGGACCAGCCCACAGGACCUCUGCCAGGAAAGAGGAGAGACAUGCAGGGCCAUAGAGGGUUUGAGGAAUUUCUUCAAAAUACAGUACUUGCAUUUAUGAAUAUCUUAAUAAUCUGUGUAUGUUGUUUCUGUUUUUGUAACAGUGUAAUUGUAUUCUGCUACAAUGGUUCUCACUAUCAUUCUGAGUCUGAUAAUUCUUUUAUUAAUUAGCAAUACAUUGCUAAAGUAAAACAGUUGAACAUAAAAAAGUGACAUGUUUUUGUUUAACAGAUAUUUUUAAAGAUGGGCAGUGUUAAACAUGUACACUUUAUUAAUUUAACAGAAAUAAAUGACCAUU